UGCUUGUUUAGUCUAUGAAGAAUGUAAAAUAUAUUCUAAAUAAAAACGUACUAUAAAGUAGUAUACAGUCGAAGUUUUAUCUAUAACGGACACGUUUUUGAAAUGGAAAGUCACCAGGGAAAUGUUGAGAAGCCUCCCUGUCGUGCUGCGGUUUUGGAAAGGCCAUUGCACAGUGAGUGAGUCAUGACCAUCUGAGCUCUGCAGCCGGAGAGUACUAAAAUUACCCCUCUAACCCUACAGCAUUCACAAAGCUCUUCAUACUGUAAUUUCCUAUUAACAUUACUAUUUGUGCUUAAGUGUUUACUGAAGCAUCUUCAUUCCAAGCCAAAUGGAAGACUCAGGCUUGGAUUCCCUCUUCUCUUCCCCUUCUCCAUCUUAUACCUUUUCUUUCCUUUCUAACCUGUCCACUCCUUCCUCGUCUCCCUCAGUUUAUCCAUCCCCUAGUGUAGCCUCCACAGCACUUUUUUGUUUCUUUCUAUCACUCCUUUCCCUUCUGGGGAUUCUGGGAAACCUCUACACACUGGGGCUGCUCAUUCAGCGCCGCAGGGCCCCCCGAAGGAGGUGCAGUGUGUCUCCAAGCUGCUGUUUGACUCCUGCUUGCCUUAGAAGUCUUUCCCCUUCUCACUCUCCUACUUCCUCCCCUACCUUGUCCUCCUCGUCUUCUUCUUCACUUCAUUUGCAGGUUCUGAGUCUGGCUUUGGCAGAUCUGCUUUACCUCUCCACAGCCCCCUUUAUCGUUUAUGACAGCCUGGCAUCUGAUUGGGCCUUUGGUGAACUCGGCUGCCGCCUCCUACUCAGCUUGGACCUGCUCACUAUGCACGCCAGCAUCUUCACACUGACUGCAAUGAGUCUGGACCGAUACCGUGCAGUUGCAGACCCACUUGCUGCCUCUUCAGCUCCUACCUCAGGCCUGCGGCGAGUGGUUCUGGCAUGGGGCCUUGCCGUGGCACUCAGCCUACCCAUGAUGAUCACUCUGCACCUGGAGGAUGGAGAAAACCAGGAGGGCAAGUUGUGUGUUCCAGCAUGGGAUGAACAAAGCUCUAAAGCUUACCUCAGUGUACUAUUCUGCACCAGCAUCCUAGGACCAGGCUUGGCCAUUGGAGGUCUGUAUGCAGCCCUGGGGCGUCACUACUGGGUUUCACAGACACAGUUCGCCUGGGCUGGUGGAUGUAGUGCCAACCCACCUCGUACUCCAAGACCCAAAGUCCUUCUUCUCAUUCUGGGAAUUGUGCUUGCAUUCUGGGCCUGUUUCCUCCCAUUCUGGAUCUGGCAGUUGCUACCACUUUAUCGACCAGAUGUUCUACGUGUAGUACCAGUAGGCACACAGGUCACUGUGAACCGGAUUCUAACAGGACUGACAUAUGGGAACUCAUGUGUAAAUCCAUUUUUUUACACAUUACUGACUGGAAAGCGCCACCAGACCAGCAGGCAGACGAUAAGCACAGCUGCUCCAUUUUGCCAAAAAGGAAGUUCUGUUCACUAGUAGACGCCUUUACCUGCUUAUAAAUAAUUGCACUUUUUAGUUUCCCUUUGUCAUUAUUACAUAUCGUACAUUAUUCAUGUAUAGUAUAUUGAGUAAUCAUCACCAAUUUCCAGUAGACACAAAGUCAGGAUUAUACCAUUAAUUUGCAGGGUUAAAUAAUAAUAAUAAUAAUAAUA